AUGGACUCCUGGGAUUCGCUUGGCUUUUUAAUCCUCGUCCUCAACUACAAUGUGACAAUUAUAGGUAAGGUUUGGUUAAAUCUAACAAUCCUGCUGAGGCUACUGGUGAUCUUCUUCGCAGCGUACCCUCUUUACCAAGACGAGCAGCAGAACUUCAUCUGCAACACCUUGCAACCGGGAUGCGCCAAUGUGUGCUAUGAUGAGUUCACGCCUGUAUCUCACUUCCGGUUCUGGCUCGUUCAGACCACUUCCGUCCUGCUCCCUUAUACCAUGUUCUGCGUCUACGUGUUUCACAGCAUGGCCAGGCAGCUCAUGAAGGCGCAUUCCCUGCCUUAUCGCCGGUACAAAGAGAUCAAAGCCACAUCAGGCCACAAAACUUCAAAGAAGUCUUCCAAAGGGGCAGCGGGGAGCCGAGUCCCCUGUGAGGCCAACAAAAUGGAUAUUCCUGAUUUUUCCAGAGCGUAUAUGGUCCAGCUUCUUCUGAGAAUGCUGGUCGAAGCCUGUUUCGGGGUAGGCCAUUAUUACCUUUUUGGAUUCUUUGUUCCCAGACAUUUUGCCUGUAAUGAGCCCCCAUGCCAUUAUUACACGAACUGUUAUGUUUCCAGGCCCACUGAAAAAUCCAUCAUGAUGUUCUUCAUCUGGGGGCUCAAUGGCUUCUCCUUCCUCCUCAGCUUCAUUGACCUGGCCUUUGCCGUCCAAAGCAGCAUUGUCAGGAGUCACCGAAAUAAGCUACUGAUGGAAGGGCUUGGGGUUGAGGAGAGAGACAGUCCUACCCAGCACCAGGGGGACCAGUCAACUUAG